UGACUUGCGACCCCUCGUAGCAUCAUACGACCCCCCUCUUCUCCUUUGUCUUUAUGACAUGACGAUCGUCGACGGAAACAGCGAGAAUGAUCUUAUUCGCUUGUUCAACAGUGUCCAAGAACUUUCUGAACAGCUUACGCAGAACCGUUCUAUAUCAAUUUCGCUCCAUGCCUCAGCUGGUGCUAUAAAGAAUCAAGCGGCACAUACACAAACCGGAUUUGUCCUUCGCAGGUUCAAUCUCGACAAGGUUCAAGAUGCGUACGACGGAGAACUAGAGCGCAUGAACACCUCUCUCGCAGCUGAGAAUCAGACGCUGCAGCACGACAAUAAACAGCUCGGUGCGCUCAUUCGGGAGUAUGAGCAGACACUCGAAAGCGUAAUGAGUGCAUUCCGCACAAGAGCUCGUGACGUCCAAGAACACGAACUCGCUCUCAUUCGCGAAUACGAAUCCAAGCUUAUUGCCAGGGAGUCGGAAGGCCUUCUCCGUGCACUGUCGGCUAGUACUGCCCAAUCCGCGGCUCUCGGGCGGAUAUCAAAUACACUUCGCCAUCUCAUGCGCGUACUGAAUGGCGAGGAUACCGAAGUUGCUGAGACUCCUUCGCCUGAAGCAAAGCAAGGCGAUGCGGAGGAGUUUGAUUUCGAAGAAAAAAAGGAUUGGUCUCUUGAGAGGGACUGUGAGCUCGCCCGGUUGGAACGAGAAAACUCUGUAUUGCGGAGAAUGCUGGGGAUGGAGGUACAUGAGAUCGAGGCUGACACUAAAUGGAAUGUCACAGAUUAUGCAGUAGACAACUCGCGCCUGCUCGGACCGCGUCCUGGAUCAAUCAAGCAUCCUCUUCAGCCCCUGCAGCCACAAAAGAAAAUACUAGGUGGUGCACCGGGCACGGUGGGACCGUACGGAACGUACAAGAAGGGCAAAUCAGGCUGAACAGAGCACUAUCCACUUUCUUCGUUUCAUUACUUGUGGACUUUUGUACAUUCAUACCAUGGUGCAACGGCAGGAUACUCCUAAUUCUUCGAUGCGUU